AAAAAAUGUUGUAUUGGUCAUUUUAGUUUGGACUGAGACCAAGAGAAGAGGGUAUAGCAUAGUUUAAUCGCAGCCCCGAGGGGAAUAAAACCGACAAAUCGUUGAACAUCGGAGCCAGAGAUUCAGAGCGGGUACCACCGACGAUGGAUACUGGCGGAGGCGGAGCAUCACCUACAGCCGCCAUGUCGCGGUGGAAGUUCGCGGCGUGGCGGCAGUACCAGCACCUGCUGGACAAAUCGACGCCGCACGUCGGACGCCGGUGGCUGGGGUUCGCGGCGGUGGCGCUUUUGUACUUGCUGCGCGUGUACUUUGUGGAAGGCUUCUACGUCGUUUCGUACGGCUUAGGCAUAUACAUCCUCAACCUUCUGAUAGGGUUCCUCUCCCCUCAGGUGGACCCCGAGACCGCGAUUCUCAACGCCGACGACCCUAUACUCCCCAUCGCCGCCUCCGACGAGUUUCGCCCCUUCGUUCGCCGCCUCCCCGAGUUCAAGUUCUGGUACUCAAUCACGAAGGCAUUUUGCAUUGCAUUUGUGAUGACUUUCUUUAGUGUGUUUGAUGUUCCUGUGUUCUGGCCUAUACUCCUCUUCUACUGGGUGGUCCUAUUCUCACUUACAAUGAGGAGACAGAUAUCUCAUAUGAUUAAAUACAAAUAUUUACCGUUUUCAUCUGGAAAACAGCGCUAUGAUGUAAAGAGAGCACCACCAGAAACCACAAGCCUUUCAGUUUCAGAGGACUGAAAUUUUCAGCUGGAGCAAUCUGAGGAUUUGAUGGAAGCUGAAGAAAGUUGCUUUUGAGGUCUUGUGUGGACACCAACGGGAUGUCUUGGAUGUUUUUAGGCCCUAGUAAAAGAUUCAGUUUAGGGAGAUAUAAUUGGAGUUUCUGAGGGUUUUCUUUUACUCCUUUAUUUUCUAUUUCUUUCUAUAUAAGUGGGCUAAUGGCUCUCGUUCUUGAAUUAGUACUAGUAAUCAAAUAACGAGAAUUUUAGAUAGAUAGCUUGUGUAGAAUGAAAUCUUUUUCAUUUCUUGCAGUGAAGUUAUACUGAUCUAUCUUUUUGUUUUGCU